AUGCUACCAAAAGACCUAGACAUGUUGUCAUGCGCUGCCUCGGCUCGGAUAUCAGUUGUACAGAAGACAUCCCGCAUACAGGAAGCUCUAAUAAGAUUUCGAGGUGAUUGCAAGGGAAGUAGGCCAAUUGGGAGUACACUCGACAUAGUUACGAUUGAUUCGACACGAUUGUUGGGACAUGGACUAGGCCAAAGAAAUGGCUUUCGGAGCUGCCGGUAUGCAGGUUAUAGUCUUCAACAAUCAGCUCAGCUGGAGUAA